AUGAGGAUGAGCCGCCGAUCCAGGACCCUUCUGUCGCUUGGCUUGAACUUCUUCGCGCUGUUUUUCUCCAUAACCGCGUUCAUAACUACUUACUGGUGCGUCGGAACGCAGAGAGUACCCAAGCCAAAGUGCAGCAAGCUGCGGACGCACCAGUGUAUAGACUACGGGGUGAACGAAACGGACCCCAACAAAGUGGUGUACAGCUGGGAGACAGGCGACGACAGGUUCCUGUUCCGUCAGUUCCACACCGGAAUCUGGAUCUCAUGCGAGGAAAAUAUUCACGAUGAAAGUGAGAGAUGUCGAAGUUUUAUUGAUUUAGCCCCUCCAUCAGAAAAAGGGAUGCUGUGGUUGUCACUUGUUUCUGAGAUGUUGUACAUUAUUCUGCUGCUGGUUGGCUUCAGUCUCAUGUGUUUGGAGCUAGUGCACUCCAGCAAUGUCAUUGAUGGACUCAAACUCAAUGCCUUUGCUGCCAUCUUUACAGUGCUUUCAGGUCUUCUCGGCAUGGUGGCUCAUGUCAUGUACACACAGGUUUUCCAGGUCACCGUCAGCCUUGGCCCACCAGAUUGGAGGCCCUACAACUGGGACUAUGGCUGGUCUUUCUGCAUGGCCUGGGCUUCCUUCACCUGCUGUAUGGGCGCAUCUGUCACCACCCUCAACUCCUAUACGAAGACCGUCAUUGAGUUCAGACACAAACGCAAGACCUUCGAGCAAAGCAUCAGGGAGGAGGACGCACGGGAGGCAUUCGGAUAUUUCCGGGGGCACUCUGUGCACUCCAUCUCCAAAUCUGUGGAUUAUUACUCUAGUCAGACCAUAAAGAGUGGCAGGAAAACUCCUAUACCAGGUGACUCGCUGGACUUCAGUGACAUUGCAAAUUCUUUGGGGGAAGAGCAGUGCUGA